CGGGAAAGGCGGUGCCUUCCGGUCACGUGAGGCGGGCGGCUGAAGCCGCGCUGGGGCGGCGCGAUGGCGGCUCCCUCCGAAACGGAGCGGCUGCUAGGCCGCGGCCCCGGGUACGGCACGACGGAGUCUCCGGCAGCGGCGGAGGAAGAAGAGCUGCGCCGCCGCCUCAAGUAUUUUUUCAUGAGCCCUUGCGAUAAAUACCGGGCCCGGGGACGGCGGCCCGUUAAACUGGGGCUGCAGCUGGCCAAGAUCCUCCUUGUCACCGUGCAGCUCAUCCUCUUUGGGCUCAGCAACCAGAUGGUGGUGACGUUCAAGGAGGAGAACACCAUCGCCUUCAAGCACCUCUUCCUGAAGGACUACGUGGACGGCGCUGACGACUCCUACGCCGUCUACACGCAGCGCAGCCUCUACGACCGCAUGUUUUAUGCCGUGGAGAAGUAUUUGGCCAUUCCCAACGAGACCAUCGGCCGCUAUGCCUAUGUGCGGGGGGAGAGCGGAGGGAACCGGUCGGCCCUCAUGCUGUGCCAGCAGUACUACCGUAAAGGACGCAUCGAUCCGGCCAACGACACCUUCAACAUUGACCCCAAGAUUGUCACAGACUGUCUGGGAGUGGACCCUGAGGACCCACAACUUCUUCCCCCCGAGCUGGACCGCAGCUACAAGAACUUCACCCUCAAAUUUCACAAACUCAUUAACGUCACCAUCCAGUUCCAGCUGAAAGCCAUCAACAUCCAAACCAUCAUCAACAACGAGAUCCCCGACUGCUACACCUUCACCAUCACCAUCACCUUCGACAACAAGGCGCACAGCGGCCGGGUGAAAAUCCGCCUGGACAACCGGGCCGACAUCAAGGAGUGCAAGGAUCCCAGCGUCUUCGGCCGAGGUGACAACUCCUUCCGGCUCUUCUUUGACGUCGUCGUCAUCCUCGUCUGCUCGCUCUCCUUCAUCCUCUGCGCUCGCUCCAUCAUCCGGGGCUUGAUGCUGCAGCACGAGUUCAGCCGGUUUUUCUGGCGCCGUUACAACCAGAGCGUGUGUCUGUCGGAUCGCAUGGAGUUCCUCAACGGCUGGUACAUCCUCCUGGUGAUCAGCGAUGUCCUCACCGUGCUGGGAACCAUCAUGAAGAUUGGCAUCGAGUCCAAGAACUUCGCCAGCUACGACGUCUGCAGCAUCCUCCUGGGCACCUCCACGCUGCUGGUCUGGGUCGGGGUCAUCCGCUACCUCACCUUCUUCCAGAAGUACAAUAUCCUCAUCGUUACCCUACGGGUGGCCCUUCCCAACGUCAUCCGCUUCUGCUGCUGCGUGGCCGUCAUCUACCUGGGCUACUGCUUCUGCGGCUGGAUUGUGUUGGGCCCGUAUCACGUCAAGUUCCGCUCCCUUUCCAUGGUAUCCGAGUGCCUCUUCUCCCUCAUCAACGGGGACGAUAUGUUCGUCACCUUCGCCGAGAUGCAGCAGAACAGCUAUUUGGUCUGGCUCUUCAGCCAGAUCUACCUCUACACCUUCAUCAGCCUCUUCAUCUACAUGGUCCUCAGCCUCUUCAUCGCCCUCAUCACCGGCUCCUACGAAACCAUUAAGCACCAGUGCGAGGGUGAAACGCCCGUUUCCCAGCUCCACGCUUACAUCGCCCAGUGCAAGGACAGCCCCAAAUCGGGCAAGUACCGUCGCGACAGCGCCUCGUCCUGCUCUGUCUUCUGCUGCUGCGAGCGGGCUCCGCUGCAGGACAACGCGCUGCUGGUGAACUGAUCCCCUCGACGCGGACCCCCGGGGCCGUGAGGAUCUCGUGCUCCCCCUGAGCGCUUUUAAUUUAUUUUAAUCGUCUGCUUUUACCGGCUCGGGGCCCCCAAGGGGUGAGGAGAGACGGCGACAGUGUCCCCUGCACCUGGGGGACACUCGAGGGACGCUGGUGGCCCCGUUAUUUUUCUUGAAGGACUUUGGCCGGGCUGUUCCCCGUCCUGGAACUGGAGCUGGGCAGCCCCUCGGGGGCUCAGUGUGGAACCCUGGGAUGCAAUUUUGGGGACAACCUGGACCCUGUGACACCUUGGAUGAGUUUUUGGGGACAACCUUGAGCCCUGUGGCCCCUCGGAUGUGUUUUGGGGACAACCUGGAGUCCUGCGACCCCCUCGGACGUGUUUUUGGGGACAAACUGGAGCCCUGUGAACCAAUGGCUGCAUCAGGGACUUGUCCCCAAGCCCUGCUGUCCCCUGGCAGUGUCAGGGAAGUGCCUGGGGCUUUGUCCCCAAGCCGAGCAGCCCCUUUGCCACACUGGGGACUUGUCCCUGCCCUUGUCCCCAAGCCCAGCUGCCCUGGGGUACCCUCAGGGCCUUGUCCCCAAGCCCUGCAACCAUUUUGGGGGGACGCUUCUGGGCACAAAGGGCCGCGGCAGCUUCCCUUGACCCCCCCAGACACCUUUGUCCCGCUCUGGCUGGGCCCUGGGUGGUGGGGUAAGAGCGAGACAUGUCCCUUGUCCCUGUCCCUGAGGGCCGGCGUCACCCCCCCGAGCUGUUUACGCGCAGCAGGACGGGUCAAGGGCAUGUUUUGUAACGGGAGGAGCAGCUGGUCCCGGCUGGAGUGGGGCCAGCAUCCGCUCGCGCCAGGCACCGCCGCCUUCGCCUGCUUUCCCCGCACCCAAAAAAGCUCGAUUUCAUCCCCCCCAAAAGCCCCAUUUCACCCCAAAACAGAGGCCCCACGGCGCUACGGGUUCUUGGCGCUGCUCUAAAUGUCUCUCUCUCAUUCGUGGACUGAGUUGUGGCUGGUCUCAGCCCAGGGAGGUGUUGCUCGCCCUGGGGCUUGGCGUUGGGGGCAGGGGACACACGUGCCCCAUGUGGGGACACGGUAGGCGCCCCCCCCCCGCCCCCCGGGGUGGGAGAAUAAAGCGUCCUGGGAGAAGA